AUGUCUGGUUCCUCCAGUGUCACCGCUAUGAAGAAAGUGGUUCAACAGCUCUGGCUGGAGGCUGGAGGCUGGGCUCAACGCAUGAAGGUUUCCCAGGCAGCUGCAGAUCUGAAACAAUUCUGUCUGCAGAAUGCUGACCUCCCGCUGACUGGAGUAUCUUCAAGUACCAAUCCCUUCAGACCCCAGAAAGCUUGUUCCUUCUUGUAG